AUACACAUUGCGUACUUUUAUUCAGUACGGACAUAUUUUGUUAGCGCACUCAUUUAGCGCAGCAGGCGUUUUGUUAUUUUGUAUCGUGAAAAAGUAGCUAAGACUAGCUAGAAGAAUAUAGGUUGUUUUUAAAGCAGUUUGAACCUUAGUCUGUUUUGGGCUGCAGUAUUUGUUCAAUUAGAUUAAUUCACAGGGUGAAACCGUUUCAAAUGUGUCGUUUAUCACCCCGUGAGUAGACCAAAGGUGUGGGAAUACAACCUGCUAUUCUGGCUAAUGGUGGCUCCUGGCUAGUUAGCUAAACAUUCAGGUGUUGGAGAAUGAUGCAGUCCGUAACCCCAGAUGUUGAAGUUCGACUCUCAGUGGGCCAAUGCGUCCGAACUCUCACUACCUCCAACGAGAAGGAAGAGGUGACCAAAACUCUACACACACUAACCAGUUACCUGGACGAUGGGCCUCAGAGUACAAUUACAUCAGCUCAGCGAGCAGAGUUCAGUCGAGCCCACUACACCCGGACCCUACAGUUUCUCAUCAGUAACAUCAAUGCUGAUUGGCUCCAGCUUCUUACCGUUGCCCAGUGCACAGAAUUGUGGGAUGGUUUGUUCCUCCGAGGUCCUCCAGACCAGACUCUGUUAGUGCUGAUGGAUGGUAUCAGCUCAAUGAGCCCCAGUGCAGGUCUGGACCGUUUAGUCAGCAUCCUAGAGCGGUUCCUUCAGAGUGGUCGUCUGACAGUCCUACUGUGGACCCGCUGUCAGGGGAAGGGUCUCUCCGACUCUCCCCAGCUCAGAGAGACCCUGCUGGGCCGCCUGGUGGCUCUGCCUGACCUGACUGCCAACCAGCUGCACCACCACAACAAGACCAUCUUCCUCCCCCAGCAGUACUACCCCCUAUUGGCCAGAGAUAUGCUCACUGUGCUAGAGAGAACCUGUCAGGCUCUGAGAGAUAGAAAAGACUGCUCUCUGACUUUUGUGGCCCAGGCACUGGGGAAGGCCUGUGUUCAGGGACACAGUGGGUUAGUAUUUGGGGUGCUGGCCCCUCGCCUCUCCUUCUGCACGCGUUCAGACAUGGUGUGGCAAAGGGUGUGCUGGAAGCUGCUGGAGAAUGUCCCAGAGCGCUGGCUGGAGAGUGUGCUCACUGGAAUGGUGCAGGCUGUCAACGGACCUGAUGCUCUGUCCAGGAUCAUGGGGAACCUGGUGUUGAAGAACAAAAAGGCCCAGUUUGUCAUCACCCAUAAACUGCUGCUGCUCCAAUACAAGUAUGAGACUCGUGUGUUGAGCAUUCUUCUGGGCUACCUGGCUCAGGACAGGGAGAGAAGGCCACUACUUAUACAGGUGCUGCGGUCGCUGUGCCAGGCCUGGGCUAACCCCAGUGCAGUCAGACACACCCCUCUGGAGCAGCAGCUCUAUGUGAGCCGGGCUCUGCUGCUGUGUGUGGGACUACUGAGUGAUGCAGAGCUACAGGACCUACGCUCAGAGCUGCUGCAGUGCAUGCUGGGAGGGAUGCAGAGCCACCUGGACAGCAGUGUAGUCCGUGUGAGGCGCAUGGGCAUGGUGGUGGGGGAGUGUCUCAGCUCCCGCAUGGACGUCAAUGGAGCCAAACUCAAAUUCGAAUAUGAGCAGGAUGAGGAGACCAAGGAGCUGCUCUCACUGAUGACUCCACUGUCUGAGGAAGAAACAGAGCCGCUUGAUGACAGAUUGGAUCUUCCUCAAGACGUCAACGGGCAGACUGUACCCUCUCAGGCAGUACCAUCCCAGGCUGCUUCCGUGGCCCAGAAAUCAGGAGCUGACCCAGACUCAGAGCUGGAUAGUGAUGAUGAGCUCACCCCCUAUGACAUGUCAGCUGACCAGGAGAUGAGCCAAGCUGCCCCACCUCGCUACCUCCGAGACUGUCUGGCGGCCGUCCUCUCAUCUGAGGACCCAGUGAGGGUGGAUCUCAGUCUGAGAGCCAUUGAGGGCUUGGUGAGGAAGAACACUUCUACAGCCCGAGAGGUCAGUGUUGAGCUGAGCAAGGUGCUGCUGCAUAUGGAGGACAGGUACAACACUGUGGGCUUCCUGAGUCUCAGGCAGGCUGCUAUGGUGGCACUCACUGUCACCGACUCUGUCCCCGUGACUGAGUAUCUGACCACGGAGUUCUACUCCAUGAACUACAGUAUACGACAACGGCUGGAUAUUUUAGAGGUCCUCAUUAUGUCUGCGCAGGAGCUCUCUCAACCAAUCACUGACAAAGGAGGUCCGUCCAAGGCCAUUCAGCGGGUUACCAUAGAUACACCCCUUUACCCCGGCGAUGACCCCAUACACUGGCGACAAGUGGUGGAGAGGCGGAUUCAGAGUAAGACCAAACGGCUCAGUAAGGGCGUCACUCGCCCCCCAGCCAAGCCCACCCCAAACCGUUAUGCCCCUGUUGCUGGCCACUUCUUCUUCCCUCUGCUCAGAAACUAUGACAGGCCUCAGGUGACCUUUGACCUGCUGGGCAGUGACCACCUGGUCCUGGGGAGACUGAUCCACACGCUGGGACUCCUUAUGCACCUAUCAGUCAAUGCUCCGGUGGCCACUCAGAUGGGCAGAGCUCUGUUGGAUUUUGUCUGGGCCGUACGCUACCACGUUGACCAGAUGGUGCGGCGAGGAGUCCUAUUUGCUGUCUGCUCCGUCUUUCUGAGCAUGCCCAGUCAGAGUUUGCUGGUGGAGCUCAGUGAUCAGCUGUUUGAGACCAGAGCAUGGCUGGCAGACGUAGCUGAAGUGGACCCUGAUGCAGAUUGCAGGAACCUGGCCGUGCAGAGCCUGGUGCUGCUGGAGAAGAGUCUGAAGACUGAAAUGAACCCUGCUGCACUGGUCCUGCAGUCAUGAUCACAACAUGAUGAUACACAGUGGACCUUUAAGUCCUAUCCCUCUGGUGUACAAAAGGCAACAGACAGCUAGUGUAUUGGUUGUGACUGCUGGUGUAUUGGUAGUGACUGCUUUAGGACACUGGUUGUGACAGGAGUACAAAUUAUGUUUGCCAAAAGGAACUGGCUGGCAGAAAGCCUGAGGAUGUGGCGGACACUGGACACUGAAGGAUGUCCUUUAAGCUAGAACUACAGGUGCUGCUGGUCCACCAUAUCCUGAAAUGAAUACAUGCACGCCAAAGGAAAGAAUGUUUAUGUGAAGGAGGAGUGUGGAACAGUGCACUGCAUUGCUUGCUGUUUGGGGUAGUAGGCUGUGUUUCUGUGUAGCACUUUGUGACAUCGGCUGAUGUAAAAAGGGCUUCAUAGAUACAUGUGAUUGAUUGAAAUCCAAUAAGGAAUCAUAGCUUUCAUCUGGAUUGAGUCUGUCAUGGAUAGAGCAGGUGUUCCUAAUGUUUUGUACACUCAGUGUAUAUACACACACAAACUAAUUCAUUAAGCAGUUGAAACAUACCAAGACUGGAAAGGAGGAUGUCAUUAGACAAAAAUAAAUGACAUGUAUUAAAA